CAGAAUACUUAGAACCGGUUUGCCCGGCAAGUGGUUAGCUUGAGUCUGGCGCCUUAGACCGCUCGGCCAUCCUGACACAAUAUCGUUUGCACAAAGGUUUUACGUAUUUGAGUAUAACUUUCUAUUGCUUACGAGCUCCUACCUUACCUAGUUUCUCUCACACCUCAGCAUGUCUUAAUGUUUUUCGAAAUGGCUCUUACUCCUACAGCUUUCUUUUAGGAUGAUAACAGAUUAUGAUUUAGCCUAAUUCUAACAAAUAGUUGACCCGUUAAUGCCAACAAGACGAAAUGAGUGUUAUGCUGUUUAACUGACAAGAAUGAAUAAAGAUUAACCGUAUAAACAGGACGAUUCUAAAACAAAGGUUUGGCUCCAUUACGAUCACUAUGUUAUAAAGUUAAAAAUAAAAAGCACUUGAGCCUUACUGGCUAUUGACUUUGGUACACUCGCUACUUUUGUUGCAUUCUUUGUGAGACAAGCCUAUCUCCUCGUAAUUUUUGCCUCAUUCUUUGUGCAUUCGCUCCCGCGAGACGAAUAAUAGUGCAACGUACACUUCCUGGUAUAUCGCUUUUCAAAGUCAUGGCGUUAAAUGGAACUUUCGACGUCACAAACAAUUUGUUUUUUUGUUUCGUGCUUGUUUUGGUAAUAAAUGUAGCGACGAUACCCUGUUACUCCGUUAAGUGUCGUCAAAAUCCGUGUUCUUUACCAUCUGUUCUUCCUUCUGCCUUGGGACUUUGGAAGUUUACACAACAAGAAUCAACUAGCAAUGAUCUCAAUCCGAUGAUGAAUAACCAUCUUAGGGAUGUUUAUUCUUCAGCGCAAGAUUAUGAACAUAUGCUACCUGAGACGUCGAUCAAGCGCAAAAAUAUUCCCAACUACAUGCUCGAUAUCUAUGCUCAAAGGACUCACAAAUUGGCCACCGGAAAUUCUUAUGACAAUGUUCGAAAUUACAGAGCCAUUUCAGAAAUGGAAGUUAGCUAUUUUGAAAGCAUUUACCAGCGCAACAAUUUCUCGAUUGUUCACCAUUUGCUAUUCAACGUUUCUGCUUUGCCAAUAGAAGAACAGCUUCAAGAAGCAGAGCUGAAACUUUGGGCUAUUGUCAAUUUUUCACCUGAAAAUCUCUUUGGUGCCAAUAGACGGCUAUUCCGGAUUUACUUGAUGAAUGGCUAUAAUUACAAUCCCUGGGAUUUGGAGAUUCUGGAUUUUAAGUUCGUAAUCGAGUCUAAAGAAAUAUGGCUUACCUUUAAUGUGACCCAUGCGGUACAAUGGUGGAUGGAGAAUAAAAUUCCAAUUCAAAUGAUACAAGUCCGUAUCGACCCCCUCCACCCAUCAGAGGUAAGAUUCGGUUCAAUUGACAUAAGUCUUAGAUCCAUCGUUGGGGAAGAAACUGAGCCUCAAUUAGUCGUCUACUCCUCAACAAAGAAACUUUCGGACCCAGAGCACAUGAUUGCUAAAAGAGAUGCGGACGUUUUUCCUGACAGGCGUCCUACAAACAAGUCUCACAGGAAAACAAAAUCGAGCCCAAACUGUCGGCGUCGGCCUCUUUACGUCAAUUUUACUCAAAUAAACUACGAUCAGUGGAUCAUAGCACCUGAAGGAUUCGAGGCAUACGAAUGUGCCGGACGCUGCGAUUUCCCGCUCAGUGAUCACCUCACUCCUUCGAAACACUCCAUUCUACAAUCUCUAAUGCAUGCUAUUCAACCCGAUAAAGUAGGAAAAGUGUGCUGUGUCCCAACCCGAUUAGCACCGAUCAGCUUAUUAUACUAUGACGAACGAGGCAUUCUCACCUAUAAGUACCGCUAUGACGAAAUGGUUGUGGCAGAAUGUGGGUGUCGAUAAAUUUUGUCAGAAAAUUUGUCUUAAAAAUGAUAAGCCAUCUAGGGAAACAAAGAAAAUGCAUUAACAUUGUAACAUAAAUUUGCGGAAAAACUAUUUAGAAAAUAAAAAGUUUACCACCA